AUGGCGGUCAUUGAGAACAUGCGCGUGAGAAAGAGAGACCGGAGUAAUGAGAACUUCAAGAAAAAAUGGGGCACACUCAAGAAUAACGGCCUCAUUAUCCACCAGGUUUAUGACGCCGAAGUAUAUGUCUGUAUACGCCGCAAGGGCGAAAAGUAUGAGUUUAAGUCUACUGACAAAGCGUUACCGCUGUCUGACGAGGAAAAAAAUGAAAGCUUCCCGUUACCUGUACUAGCGACAGCCGCGGACGUUGCACGCCAAAGGAACAGUCAAAGAUCAGUGAAGGGACGGGAGCAGCGGCAGGAAUGUAGUCCAGAAUGGCCGGUGCUAAUAGGGAACCUAUUAUCAGAGCCCAGAGGAGGCUCUGAGGCGGAGCCUGGAGAGGAAUAA